CACUUUCUCUCUAGGUAGCUAUUCAAUAUCUCCUACCUUAUAAAAAUGAUUCUAGAGCAUAUACUCGGCGCUUUGCAACGGCCUAUUGGGUCUGCCACCUUCUGGCCUGUCAUCACUCUGGUUGUGGCAGUAUACGUCGCACGGCUGAUUCGCCAUGCAUUUUUCACCCCACUUGCCCGCAUCCCCAGACCGUUCAUGAACAGGCUCUCCAAUCUUCCGCUCAUGUACAAGCUUUUUUGCGGGCAGUACCAUUCAUACUCUACUGAACUCCACGAGAAAUACGGCGAGGUGGUGCGCAUCGGCCACGACCAUAUAUCUCUAUCCAGCACCUCCGAUACCCGCCUUGUUCUUGCCACCCAUGCAUUUCGGAAGGGUCGCAUGUAUGAGGACAUUGUUAACUGCGGUGCUGUAUUAGAUACAUUCUCCACAACCGAUCCUGAGAUCAACAAGCUCCGUCGACGCCAGAUAGGCGAUGCGUUUUCGAUGCGCACGAUGUGUAACGUCGAGAGUCUGGUGGUGGAUACAGGAGUCAGCUCGCUCAUGAACACGUGGGACAGCGAUAUUUCCAAGCAAGGAGAGGCAGCUAGAGUCAACUAUUUCUACUCGUUCCAUUGCAUGGGCUACGACGUCAUCGGCGAGCUGUUCUUUGGUGCAAGAUUUACCACUCUGAGAACCGGCGUCAUGGCCAUUAUUGACAUGGUUCACGACACAACAGGCUUUUCCAUAUUUGCAGGACAGACGACAGGCAAUAUGCUGUCAUUUGCAAUCAUGAACCUGAUGCACUACCCAGAGUGCUACAAGAGAGUGACCGAGGAAGUGCGCUCGACGUUCUCUGACUCGUCACAGCUGAUAUCCUUUGCCGAUGCCAAGUCAAAGCUGCCGUAUCUCUCGGCAGUCAUCCAUGAGAGCAUGCGUCUUAACCCCUCCUUCGCAAGCGUGCUCCAGCGAUGUGUUCCAGCAGAGGGUGUCACCUUCCAGGACUGCUUCAUUCCAGGCGGUUCAAAUGUCUGUGUGUCGGUUGCUGCAUGCCACCGCAACCCACGGCUUUGGGCCAACCCUGGCAUGUUCGAUCCGAGCGGUUUCUCGGUCCUGAUUCUGCCAACAGGCUGA